ACUAACUGUCAAAAAUAAAACACCAUAAUGUACGUAAAAUAUAUAUUUUUUAAAUUAUUCGUAUUGAUCUGAGGAUGUGUUUCAAGCCACGCCUUGGCCUACACAGAAUUAGUAAGCAAGUGCAUAAAUGGCUAAAUCGUCAGCAAUACACAGCUAUAAGUACGGCCGCAGUUGUGGUCCAAUAUCACGAUGAGCCAGACAAAUCGGAUGGGGACAAAAAACUUUAUCGUGCCCUGAGCUUAUCAAAUGGAUUACGCGCCAUGCUUAUAUCAGAUCCUUAUGUUGAAGAUCCGCCAAUCCAACGAGCUUCCAGCGAAAGUAUGAACUCUUCAAUUGAGCACUUUCAUGGUAAAUUAGCGGCUUGUGCUGUUCUAGUUGGCGUGGGAUCGUUUAGUGAACCGCGACAAUAUCAGGGAUUAGCUCAUUUUGUGGAACACAUGAUAUUUAUGGGAUCUGAGAAAUUUCCCGUUGAGAAUGAAUUUGAUUCGUUUGUGACUAAAAGCGGAGGUUUUAGUAAUGCGCAUACUGAGAAUGAGGAGACAUGCUUCUACUUUGAGGUGGAUGAAGCCCACCUUGAUAGGAGUAUGGAUCUUUUUAUGAAUUUGAUAAAGGCUCCACUAAUGCUACCCGAUGCCAUGAAUCGCGAACGCUCGGCCAUACAGUCUGAAUUUGAGCAGACUUUUAUGAGGGACGAAGUCCGUAGAGAUCAGAUUUUAGCGAGCUUAGCGAAUGAUGAGUACCCACAGGGAACUUUCAGCUGGGGUAACUUUAAGUCCCUUCAAGAGGGCGUUGACAAUAGCAAGCUGCACGAGGAACUUCACAAGUUUUGCAGAAAUCACUACGGUUCCAAUCGAAUGAUAGUAGCAAUCCAGGCUCAACUUCCCUUAGAUGAAUUGGAGGAAUUGCUAAUGCGGCAUUGUGCAGAUAUACCAAAGAGCCAAGAGAAUUCGGUUGACUUUACCAAGUUUAAUUACCAAUCAGCAUUUCGGGAACAGUUCUUCAAGGAAGUAUUCCUAGUUCAGCCGGUUGAAGAUGUCUGCAAAGUCGAGUUAACAUGGGUUGUGCCACCAAUGAAGAACUUAUAUCGCAGCAAACCGGAUUAUUUAAUAUCACAUCUUCUUGGUUUUGAGGGAGUUGGAAGUUUAUGUUCGUACCUACGUCGACGUCUUUGGUGCAUUAGUGUAAUGGCAGGAGUUGGUGGAGGUAGUUUUGACUCAAACUCGAUAUACUCCCUGUUCAAUAUGUGUAUAUAUCUCACUGACGAUGGUUUUGAUCACUUGGACGAGGUAUUGGAGGCUACGUUUGCGUGGAUCAAGCUUGUAAUUAAUAGCGAACAACUUCAGGUUUCUUAUAAAGAGUUACAACAAAUUGCCAAUAAUAAUUUUCGAUUUCAAAUUGAACUGCCCUCUAUUGAUAAUGUUCAAAGCAUUGUUGAGGGUUUGAAUUACCUGCCAUCGAAAGAUGUCCUUACAGGACCUCAGCUUUACUUUCAAUAUGAAGAAUCUGACCUAGAACUUCUAAGACAGCAUCUUGAUAAAUUUAAUUUUAAUAUAAUGAUCUCAUCAUACAUGCCAUAUGAAGGAAAUGACUACGAUCAGAAAGAACCAUGGUUUGGAACUCAAUACAAAUCCAUUUCUAUGCCACCAAAGUGGCUUAAAAUGUGGCAAGAACCAUCCACAUUGAAGGAAUUGCAAUUUCCGCAACCUAAUCCAUUCAUAACCACUGAUUUCACACUCCAUUGGGUAGAAGCCGGAAAGCCACAUAUCUCGAGAAGUCCUAAAGCUCUGAUCAGAAAUGAUUUAUGCGAGCUCUGGUUUCGACAGGAUAAUAUUUUUCAACUUCCCGACGGAUACAUUAACCUUUAUUUUAUCACUCCGCUGGUUCGGGAAAGCGUUAAGCAUUAUAUGCUUGGUGUUCUUUACACCUACUUAGUGGAAUUCACAAUAGCCGAGCAAUUGUACCCGGCUUUAGAGGCAGGAUUAACGUACGGUCUUUAUAUCGGUGAUAAAGGAUUGGUUAUGCGGGUGAGUGGCUACAAUGAAAAGCUUCCUCUCUUGGUGGAAAUAAUGCUAAACGUGAUGCAAACUAUAGAACUGGAUAUGGAUCAGGUGAUUUCAUUUAAGGACCUCAAAAAACGGCAAAUAUAUAAUGCUCUAAUUAAUGGAAGAACUCUAAAUCUUGACCUGCGUCUUAGCGUAUUGGAAAACCAACGUUUUAGCAUGAUUUCGAAAUAUGAGGCCAUUGAUGCAAUAAGCUUGGAUGACAUAAAAAACUUCAAAGAUAAUUUUCAUAAAAAAAUGUAUAUAAAAGGUUUAAUGCAAGGAAAUUUCACUGAAGACCAAGCCAGAGAGUUAAUGCAAAAAAUUCUUCUCACAUACAACAGCGAAAAAGUUGAGAAUCUAUCGGCACUGGACAAUAACCUACUUCAAAUACCUCUGGGAUCGCAUUAUUUGAGGGCCAAAACACUAAACGAGGAUGACUCGAACACAAUUAUAACAAACUACUAUCAAAUUGGACCGAGUGAUCUUAAAUUGGAAUGUUUAAUGGAUCUGAUAGAGUUAAUUGUAGAGGAGCCGUUCUUCAACCAAUUGAGGACUCAAGAGCAGUUGGGCUACAGCUUGGGCAUACAUCAACGAAUUGGGUAUGGUAUCAUGGCUUUUGUAAUCACUAUAAAUACCCAAGAGACGAAACAUAGGGCUGAAUAUGUUGAGCAACGCAUUGAAGCCUUUCGAUCGCAAAUGUCUGAACUUGUCUCACAGAUGAGCGAUACAGAGUUUAAUAAUGUUCGAGAUACUCUAAUCAGUGGAAAAAGACUGGGAGACACAAGUUUGGAUGAGGAAGUCAUGCGGAAUUGGAGUGAAAUAGUCACCAAGGAAUAUUUCUUUAAUCGUUUGGAAAUGCAAAUACAAACGCUGAACAAAUUAACCAAGGAGGAUGUUUUGAAUUUCCUGAGUGACUAUGAUAAGAAUAAUUUAAGAAAACUUUCUGUCCAAGUUGUGGGAAAGCAUACUUUGUCCUCAGAAUCCACAACCCAAGCUAAUUCUCAAGCAGCCACUCGAUCCGGAUCUGCAUCAGACUUAUUGGAGGAUAAACAACCCGAUAUGGCAAGGGAACAAGCUAUAACUAAGCCAAUGACCGAUAAAAUCAAGAUUGAGUUCUUGGGAGAGAACGAUGACCCCUCAAAUAUUAAAGAUAUUUCGAACUUCAAGAAAUCCCUUUAUGUCUACCCACUGUUCAAUACUAAUCCAAACCUUGCGAACAAAUCUUAAUAUUUUUACUGUGCACUAGCAAUAAAUGUACAUUGAUCAUCAGUAAUAAGACUUUUAAAAUUUUUUGGUGUAUAUACGUAUACUUUUCAAAUAUAGUUGAAGAGAUCACUGUUUUGUCUUUUUUAAAAUUUUAAGCCAGUGGAUAAGGCAUUAUCGCAAGAAA